AUGGCCGUUCCUGUUGGCCGCACUCUCUACAAGAAAAAAGAUGGCAUCCUCACGUUGGCUGACGACAAGCAAACCGUGACCUGGACGCCGAAUACUGGCGGGCCCCCAACAGUCACCCUUCCUGUAUCAAGCAUCACGAAUCUCCAGCAAACUCCAGACAGCUCACCGAAGGUGAUGCUCAAGAUCUUCGAGAAAUCGAGCAACGGCGGCGAUCCGGCAGCCUACCUCUUCCAUUUCAACACAUCCGAGGCAAAGGAGGAAGCGAGAGAUGUCAAAAAUUUGCUCUCAAAACUGUUGGUUGAUCUGCGAGCCAACGAUGCGAGCAUCCCCAGGCCAGCACUUGGCACCCCGUCGGGGCCGGGGACCGCGACACCGGUUGGCGGCGGCGGCGGCAGCGCAUCUGCAUCCAUGGCCUUCGCCAGCGCCGUCAACUCGCACCCAUCAUCCUCACGAUGGUUCGAUGACGGCCAGCUAAAGAUGGAUAUUGAACUGCAGCAGUCCCUCAUGAAGAAGGACAGGAGUCUGCAUCAGACAUUUGUCGAGGCCAUUUCCACCAAGCCCGACUCCAUUACCGGAGCUGCCUUCAACACUCAGUUCUGGUCGACGCGGACCAAUCUUCUGCGCGCGCACGCCAUCGAAAUCAACCAGAAAAAGGGAGCCUACAAUGUCCUUUCGACGGUGAAACCACGGACGGUCGAUGGCGAGCUCAAGCUGAACAUCAGCGUCGAGCAGGUGCAGAUGAUAUUUGCCCAACACCCUUUGGUGAAGCGAAUAUACAACGAAAGCGUACCCAAACUUUCCGAGGCCGAAUUCUGGUCGCGAUUUUUCCUCAGCGGGCUCUCCAAGAAACUGAGAGGCGAGCGAGUGAUGGUGAACGAUCGGCCAGAUCCUCUCUUCGACAAGUACGACCCAAACGAGAACACGGAGAUUCGGCAGAGCAAAAUCAUGUCACAGAGCGUUCCUCACAUCAUUGAUCUGGAGGCCAACGAGGAGAAUCAGGGAGGUUUCCGGAGCGGGAAUGCCAAGGAUGUGGAGAUGCGACCUCGAGCCAACAUUCCGAUAGUGAGGACGAUCAAUAGUCUGAGCGAAAAAAUAAUGGCCGACGUUGCUCCCUCCGAUGCCACGGCCGACGACGGUCAGGGGGGGUACGACACGUACAACGAGCUGGCGUUGCGUGAUCUGAGGGGUGAUGCCCAGGAGCAGCGCAUCAUGCUCAAUGUCAAAGAACAGAGCAAGUUCUUUUCCAAAGCGGACACGGCACCGUCUGCGAACGCGCGCAUAUUUGCGCAGCAGAAUCCUGCCGAUGUCCUGUUGAACAUCAGAGGCGCAGUGCGGCGCUUCGAGGCCAUCGGCGAGGACGGAACAGGUCUUCAAGCCGCCAUCGAGUUUGCCGACGAGAGCGAUAGCGACGGGGAGCAUCAAAAGCCGCCCCGGGUCGGAUCUCGCGCCGCCUUCAAGGCGGCGGAGAAGGAGGUCAUGGAUGGCGUCCUGCAGCAGCGGUCACAAAAAUACGGCCACAGCAGCGACGCAACGACUCCCAUGGGUCUGCCGGCGGGGAUCAGCGAGAAGUGCGGGCUGACUCAUGCGACGACCAUCGAGUUUCUGCAUCAGUUCUGGACCGCAUUCCUCUCUGGCGACCCCGACCGAGCUGCCGAGCUGCAGUACCUGGCCGAAUCGCUGAAGCGGUCCGCAAGCCGGAUCGCCGCCGUCGCAGACGAGGCCGAGGAGGCGAGGGAGGCGGUGAUUCGCAAGCGAAAGCAGGAGAUCCGUGAACAUUUUGAGCGCACAGGUAAGAAAAUCAGGUGGAAGUCGGACAUGGUUGGUGGCGGUCGCAACGCCGUCAACCGGAUGAUGCAGCCGGUGCUGGAUGCACUGGCCAAGGCGCAGGCCGAUUACUCGAGGGCCCUGGCUGCGGAAGGCGUUCAGAUGUCGACGGAGGGAUGA